CGCGAGCCGCUCGAGGCAGUCGCGUCGCCGUCGCUCGCUGGCCGCCGAGAGCAGCACCUGGACGCCUAUCAGUGUGAGAUUCAGUGACGGACGCCAUGGACGAAACGCCGGAAUUCGGGACGGAGAAGCUGCGGAGGGCAUGGGCCACAACGGAAUCCAACCCCCAUGACAUGGAGGCAUGGAGCUUGAUCAUACGUGAUGCCCAGAAUCGUGCCAUAGACAGUGCUAGACCCAUCUUUGAACGCUUAGUGACCACUUUCCCCACCACGGGCAAGUUCUGGAAGAUGUACAUAGAGCAAGAGAUGAGGUCUUAUAAUUUGAAAAAGUGGAAAAGGUAUUUGUUCCAGAGAUGUUUAACGAAAGUGCUCAACAUAGACCUUUGGCGACUGUAUGUUACGUACGUGAAAGAGACAAAAUCCAGCUUACCCACAUACAGGGAGAAGUUGUCUCAGGCGUAUGAAUUUGCCACUGAUAAGAUCGGAAUGGACUACAAUUCCUAUACUCUGUGGAAUGACUAUGCAAAUCUGCUGAAGAAUGUCGAGGUUGUAGGUUCCUAUGCAGAAAACCAGAAGAUUAUGGCAGUCAGAAAGGUGUACCAAAGAGGCAUUGUGACCCCAAUGGCCAACAUUGAGCAGCUAUGGAAAGAUUACCUGGACUUUGAGAAGAACAUAAAUCCCAUUAUUGCCGAGAAGAUGAACAUUGAGCGAGGAAGGGACUACAUGAAUGCAAGAAGAGUCGGAAAGGAGUUGGAGACCGAGACGAGAGGUCUGAACCGUCAUCUGCCAAGUGUGCCCCCUUCAGGUCUACCCGAAGAAACAAAACAGGUUGAAAUCUGGAAGCGAUAUAUUAGAUGGGAGAAAGACAACCCUUUGAGAACGGAUGACCAGACGUUGGUAACCAAACGUGUGAGAUUUGCGUAUGAGCAGUGCCUCCUCUGCCUCUCCUAUCAUCCGGAUAUUUGGUACGAAGCGGCACUCUUCUUGCAAGAGUCCUCCAAACUCCUAUCGGAAAAAGGGGAUGUGAACGCCAGCAAAAUCUUCAGUGAGGAAGCAGCUCAAAUCUAUGAACGUGCUAUCUCUGGACCUCUGAGAAAGAACCAGCUCUUGUACUUUGCCUAUGCAGAUUUUGAGGAAUCCCGCCUGAGAUACCAAGAAGUGCAUAAAAUUUAUCAGCGGUACAUAGAAAUGGAGGAUAUUGAUCCAACACUGGCUUACCUUCAGUAUAUGAAAUUUGCUCGACGGGCAGAAGGAAUAAAAUCCACAAGAGAGGUCUUCAAGAAAGCGCGAGAGGACGUUCGGACAAAAUUCCACAUCUACGUUGGUGCUGCUCUCAUGGAGUACUACUGCACAAAGAAUAAAGACAUUGCUUUUAGGAUAUUUGAACUGGGACUCAAGAAGUGCCCGGAUAAUGCAGACUACAUCAUGGUUGUUGACUAUUUAUCCCAUUUGAAUGACGAUAACAACACAAGAGUUUUGUUUGAAAGAGUGCUAACCUCAGGACAGCUGAAAAAUGAGGACACUGUCGGGCUGUGGAACCGUUUCCUGGAAUUUGAGUGCAAUGUUGGUGAUCUUGCGUCGAUUGUCAAGGUCGAGAAGAGAAGAGCUCAUGUUUUGCAGAAGCUGCAAGAGUUUGAGGGCAAGGACACAGCACAGCUAGUUGAUCGGUACAAGUUCAUGGACCUCUACCCUUGCACACCACCUGAACUGAAAGCCAUUGGUUACCGUGACAUCUCGACCCACAACAUGAUCAUCAACCCAAAUGUUCCCCGAGGAUUGUCAAUUCACGACUCUCAGGAGCCGACCUAUGCAAGACCCGACUUCUCUCAGAUGAUCCCCUUCAAACCCAAGGCCAAAUAUAUCCCUGGAGAACACCCAGUCAAAGGUGGUGCUUUCCCCCCACCUCCUGCUGUUGCCAAUCUGCUGUCCAUGCUGCCGCCACCUCAUUGCUUCCGAGGCCCCUUUGUCAAGCUCGAUGCUUUGGUUGACCUCUUCAUGAGACUGAACCUUCCUGAACAAGGGGGUCAAUGGUCAACUACUGGAAGCCAUGAUGUCAGACUGUUUGAACUCUCCAAGUCCGUGCACUGGGUAGUUGCCAGUGGAGACCGGAAGAGAAAACUGGUCCCUGGUGACGAUUCAGAUGAUGAAGACGGGAAUAAACCCAUUUUAACAAGUGAUAUUUACAGAGCCAGACAACAGAAAAGAAUGAAGUAAGAAAUAAAGGAUGUAAUGUAAUGAGUGAAAGUACACCAUUUGCUUUCGAAGUGCGAUGUUUGUUAAGAUGCAAUAAUUUUUAGCUUUAUUUAAUUAUUAUUAUUAUUAUUAUUUUAUUCAUCUUGAAUAUAUCAGUCAUGACUAGGAAACAUAUCCAUCUCAACUUCAGCAAAGAAAACCAACUGGAAUAUCAGUAAAUGUGAUUUUGAAAUUGAUUCGUGAUAGUUAUUCCUUUGUUGUUUGGAGGCUAUACAAGCUUGUUUUAAUUCCACAAAUGAUUGUUAAAAGAAAUCAGCAUUGCUUUUAUUUUACAAUUCUAUUGAUUCUUAGAAUGUUUACAAUGUGUCCAUUGUAUAUUAUUCGUAUCAAGACCAUGACUUGUUGGUAAAAAGCAUACCUCGAGCGGUUGUAUAUUCUUGGUAUUUUGCGUAAAUUCCAACAUAAACCUAGUAUGUAUAAUAAACAGAACAAGGAAAUGAGGGCUGUUUAGAUGUACUUUUGACCAUUACACUGUAUAUGUCAGAUUUUUAAAAUGUUAUUUUUAGAAAUAAAUCUGGUUUUAUU